AUGUCAUCGAAGAAAACUCCACCCAAGCCCGAUGUGGAAACCCAAGAAGCCAUCAAGACGGAACUGAAAUGUGGGAUGAUGGCCGGGAUCUCGGCUCUACUGGAUUUAGUGACCUACGGCUUUUACUUGGCAGAUUGGCGCUCCACCAUGCGGACCAUUUGGAAAAUCACCCUGGCAGUCAAUGUGUUUCAGGCGUUCCAAUUGUUCUCGGAUUUUCAUCGCAAGGUGGAAAAAGACAGCCUCAACAGCAAGCUACCCUUUAAUUAUCACAUGGGGAAACUGUUUUUGCGCGUCAUGGAGAUCAUGACCCGUGUUUGGAGGUUCACAGCCAUCAUGGUGACUCUCACAUCUACCAGCUAUGUCUUUAUGGCGUGGAGCGAUGUUAUUGAUCAUUUGCGGCAGGGAUUGUUGGCACUGGUGUUUGUCGUAUUUGCCUAUGUCGCUUUUCGAUCCGAUAAAGAGUCCAAAGCAUUUUCUCAUGUGGAUCCCAGUCAAGAUUCUUCUGCAUUAGUGCCAUGCAUUAAAAAACAAGGAGCCCUCUUGGCUAGGACCAUGGCCCUGGCAUCAACAGCAUUCUUUCUGGAAGUCUCGUUAGUGCCCAUGGUGGUGGCCGCGAAUUUGAGGACACUGUCCUGGGGUCAACUCAUUGUGGCGUUCUUGCAAAUUCCAGCUCCUGUGGCUGUGGGCACCAAUUUGAUCACCUUUCGACGACAAUACAUGGUUCUUUUGGGGGAAAUCAGCAAUCGACAAAAACAUCUCAGGGGGGCAGGUGGCAACGACGUGCCAUGGACUCCCGAUUCCGAAAAAGCACUGGCAAGAGCUGCCAAGGACUUUUAUGGAGAAGUAAUCAUGGCAUUCCAAGUAGACAUGGUGGUCAAGACUAUCUUCAUUCUAAGGGAAAUGACAACUAGCUAG